ACAGUACACCUUACAACAGCGAAGCACUCCUCCCUCAUAUUUAACAUAAAAUAUUUGAAAAAAAAAGAAAAAGGAUAUUAUUGUUUAAUUAUCCAAUUUGGAAAAUAGUACUGCUUUUGUCUGGAUAAAGAUAAGGCCUUUCACGAUCAGUUUUCUUCUCUCUCGUUUCAUUUAUUUGACUCUCAUUCUCUCUCUCCGCCUAUACGUACACACACACACAGUAUUUGUAUCUAUCUAUCUAUAGGAAGAAGUUUCUCGAUAACAGUGUACCGGAGAAGUCGAUAGCGUUCGAGAAGGAACAACUCGGGGCGGUGGUUGCCGGAUCGAAGGGAUAGGGUCAGUUCACCGCAGUAUGGCGUGUGUUUCGAUGCCGUAUGACUCGCCGGAGUUAUCAGCCUCCGAUCGGAGAUCGCCGGAGACGGAGGAGGAGGAAGAGGAGAGUAGGAGCGGAACUCUGUCGUCGUCUUCCUCGUCUUCAAUCGGAAAGAACAGCGACGAGCGUAUGGAAGACGGCGGCAGUGAUGAAGAGGAGGUGCUGAGUGAAUAUAAAGGAGGACCGCUGGACAAUUUGGAUUCUCUGGAGGAAGUUUUGCCUGUGAAAAAAAGCAUAUCGAAGUUCUACUGCGGUAAAUCUAAAUCAUUUACCAGCCUAUCCGAUGCUGCAUCAUGCUUCUCCGUUCAGGACAUUACUAAACCAGAAAAUGCAUACACUAGGAAACGUAAGAACUUACUGGCUUUUAACAACUUUUGGCAAAAGAAUCGUAGUAGCAUUUCAAGGAGUGGCAGUGGUGGGAUAUCAAAAAGACCUAGCAAUUCUCGAAGUAUGCUGACUCUUGCACCGAACAUGAACUAUUCCGAGAGCAAUUCUGGGGAGACCUCGAACACAUAUUCGUCAUCACCUGGUUGCAGCCUUCCUCCUCUGCCACCACAUGCAAGAAGAGCUCCAAAAAGUGGCCUAUCCUCGUCACCUGCUGCUGAUAACUUCCCUUCGUGGAGAUCUUUCUCCUUCUCUGAUCUGCAAGGUGCUGCUGUAGCUGCUAAUAACAGUGACGAAUAAAACAAUAAUGUAACUUAUCUUUCAUUUGCAGUGUGUCACCCUAUGAAUGUAAAUUGUGAUAGAUGUUCAUGGAGGUGGAGACAUUUGUACUAUCUUGUUGCUUUGUGCUCAUGCUUCUUGCUGCUCCCGUAGUUUUAGUUUAGGCAUCACAUGUUCCCUCACAUUUCGAGUGUAUUUUCUGAAAUAUACAAUUAAUCUUUCUUUUUGACUCUGU